UUUUGACAAUUAGCUUCUAUGACACUUUUCAAAAUUAUUUUAAAAUGUCCAACCCCCCAUCCAGUGUGCCUUCAGACUUAGGUGCGCAUAGUCUUAUAGUAAAGCCUAUCAAAAUAGAAGAGAAACAGUCAACCAAAUUUAAAAGCACCCAAUCGGAGAACAAAUUAAAAACCACCAAAAGUAUCAAAAAUAAAAUUGUCAGCAAAGUCAGAUCUUGGAGUAACAGGGACAAAUAUAUAAAUGGAACAACAGGAAUGGAUGCAGCAAUAGGAAAGAGGGAGUAUGGUGAAGAUGAUAGUGAGCCCGUGGUAAAUAUAGCAGAUUCAAAUCUCUCACGUGCUAGAGGUAGUUUGGAAAAUUUGUUGUGUGAUAACACAGUAAAUGAGAGUGGAAAAUAUCGUUCUUUAUCAGCGGCAUCCACAUCUACUACAAGAAACUCUCAGCUAUCGCCGAAGUCAUCACCAGGUACUUCCAAAUCUAGUAAACACCUGGUAUGGGAUCCUUUCGGUAAAAGAGGGCCAAAAAUUCGUAAAGAUUUGGGAAGAACAAAGAAACGGAGCAAAAAUGUCGCAGAACUACCCAAGCAAGAACCUUUCUACGUGCCCAUGGAGGGUAAAUCUUGUUUGGCAAAACAAGAAGCUAAAGAAACUUUAGAAGACACUGAAACCGUUGAGGAAGAGUAUGGGUAUAAAUACAAAUAUUUUCCAAAAAAUAGCAAAUCUGUAGUGUUUACAAAUGAGGUGUUUGUGGUAUAUUUCAAUGAUCACGAUGUUGUAUCUGAGGUUAAAGAACCUCUGAAGAAAGAUAUUGAGCAAGUAGAGAGAAACAAAGAGAUGAGACAAGGGAAUUUGAUGCGGACGGAAGAAAAAUAUAAUUUGUGUUUGUAUUGAAUCUAUUUGGGUCUAUAUUUGGUUAAAAUUAAAAAUAAUAUACUACUUACAA